UUGCAUUGUGGUAAACUUGACGCACCAACCGUUGGCGCUAGCUCUGGACUGACAGCAGUAACACCUUCGUCCAGCAUGAAUAUAUGAAUGUUUUUAAUCGAAUCAUGACAUAAAAUCUGAGUAUUUGUACGGGUUGUACAUGUUUUGACUGUACUCUUGCUCUGGUGAAUUUGUCACUUGUUUGAGAGUCCUGUACAAGCUACGUUAGUUAGCCAGUUAGGUUAGCUUCAGCAAGCUAACUCAACGUAAACAACAGCUACGUGGCUAGUUAGCUACCUCUGCUUACGUCACCUGUUUCUAGUGUUUCUGUUUUAAUGGAUGCGGAUUUGCUGCUCGCCAUCCAACUUCAGGAGCAGUUUAACAAUGAAUACGAGACGUCAUCAUUUUCAUCUAGCGGCUUUGAUGAUAAUGACUUCGGACAAAGCAGCAAGAAACGAAAAGUGGAGGUAGCCGGAGGUGGCAGCGAUGUUGUUCCCUACUGGAAGCCGAAAGCGCAGCCCGAGAGGCCGCUGUCCAUCGUGGACUCGUCCUGGGAGACACUGGACCCCAACCCCGAUGUCAGAGCCAUGUUUCUGGAGUUUAAUGACACGUUUUUCUGGGGGAAACUCAGCGGUGUCGAGGUGAAGUGGAGCGCAAGGAUGACACUGUGUGCUGGUGUUUGUUCUUAUGAGGGCCGAGGUGGUCUAUGUUCAAUAAGACUCAGUGAGCCUCUGCUGAAGUUGAGACCAAGAAAAGACCUGGUGGAGACUCUCCUUCACGAAAUGAUUCACGCGCUGCUGUUUGUGACCCAGAACAACAGAGACAGAGAUGGUCACGGCCCUGAGUUCUGCAAACACAUGAACCGGAUCAACGAUGCCACUGGGACAAAAAUAUCUGUCUACCACAGCUUCCACGAUGAGGUUGAUGUGUACCGGCAGCACUGGUGGAAAUGUAACGGGCCGUGUCAAAACCGCAAGCCCUAUUUCGGGUUUGUGAAGAGGGCCAUGAACCGGGCUCCAUCUGCUCAGGAUCCUUGGUGGGAGGACCACAGGAGGACGUGUGGAGGGACCUACACCAAGGUGAAAGAGCCUGAAGGAUACGGCAAGAAAGGCAAGAAGGACAGUAAAAAGGACGGGAAGACCUCGGAGAAGAAGGCCCCAGAAAAUGGAAAGCCUACAAGUACAACUCCAGGUCCUGGAUUACAGGACAUAAGGAACAUCAUCCCAUUCAGUGGCAAAGGCUUCCUACUCGGAGGGAAAUCACAGUCUUCCACAUCUUCUCAGUCACCAGUAGUGCCUUCAUCUCCACAGAAACCCUUCACCCCUUCAUCUCCAGCGAAAAGUCUCACCUCUCCGGUUCGUCCUAGUCUGAAUAACAAAGGAAUCUCUCCUGUCUUUCCCUCCGGCAGACCAGCUACCUCCUCGGGGCAGAAGCCCCCUGUUAAGAGGUCUGUCGGUAACACCAGAGCUUUUAUCAACAUCAACGGCUCACCGGUGAAAAUCCCCAAACCCCACAGCAGCAAAGCAGCAGAUAAAAACAGACAGAAGUCUAUUCAAGACCUCUUCAACAGUACAAACCUCAGGAGGUCAGAGAGUCAAACCUCUGCCUCAAACACACAAACCAGAGAUUCAUUGACAACAAACAGUACAUCUUCCAUCUUUUCUAAACAGGGAAAUAACCAUUCAGCUUCCUCUCCUGGAACAUCUAAGCCUAGUAGCCAUUCUGUAGUUUCUUCAGGAACCAAAGGUAGUCCUGGUAAACCAACACAGUCAAAGUAUUUCAGCCACUCUAACAGUGACGGUACAUCAGGUGCUGCUGCUGGUAAUCAGGCGUCGAGGAAGAGGUCUUGGGACGACAGCAGGAGCUCCUCCAGCAUCUUUGACUUCUUCCAGAAGACAUUAAGCAGCAGCUCAGCAGCGUCCAGGGAGACGAAAUCACCUGCAAUGCAGCAAAGAACUGCCACCGCCACUGCCACCUCCUCUUCAUCCUCCUCAGCUUCCUCUCUUCACAGUAUUCCCUCCUCCUCCUCGUCUUCCUCCUCCUCUUCCUCCUCUGCGCUGAUGGUCAGCUGUCCUGUGUGCCAAGCAAAGGUGCAGGAGUCAAAGAUCAACCAGCAUCUUGAUUCGUGCCUCGGAGCAGGUUGAGACAGUGACAGGGGACAUACAGUACAGGCCAAAAGUUUGGACACACCUUCUCAUUCGAUGUGUUUCCUUUAUUUUCAUGACUAUUGACAUUGUAAAUUCAUCAAAACUAUUAAUG